CGGUUGCGCAUUCGCAUCAGUCGCUGUCCGGCAGUCGUUUAGAGCUGCCGCAUUAUAUUCGUUCGGUUCUUAUUUUCUUCAUCUCUGCGUUUGUUGUUUCGUUGCAGAGUGUGCUGGACAUUUAUUUCCCCUCGUUCCUUAAUACCACACACCCAAAAUUAUCUUUUUUUCAUAUCUCUAUUACGGAUCUAUCCGAUUUCUGUCCUCCCCAUUGGCCUGAUUGCCCCCAGACGUGCCUCAAUCCAUCGUGUGCGGUGAGUAAUUACUGGACGGGAAAUAAAAAAAAAAAAAGAACUGGGAAUUUAUUUUAUCCUGGACGUUGACUAAGUACCGCGACCGACACAUUGUUUCUCAUCUUCAUCCAACACAGGCGAUGGAAAAAAUGACAGCUGACGACGAUUUACCUGGAUUACGAUUCAUUUGACGAUAAAUCAAAUCAACACUAAACAAGUGGGAGUCAAUCACGGCGAAUAAAAAUGUCCCAUUGGCCGUACUUCCUCUCAUCCGUUGAUCUCCAAAAUGGAAGCGUCGAAGUCAAUUUGACUGAAUGGCUACUGACGACGAACUCCAAUAAUAACAUAACCAGUGAUGAGCAAGACACGGCACUAGAUCUCGCUGCUUCACUACUUGUUGGUAUCUUCUUGGCUGUGAUUAUCUUCUUGUCGGUGGCCGGCAAUUUACUAGUCUGCAUCGCCGUUUAUACUGAUCGGACUUUGCGCAAAGUGGGCAAUUUGUUUAUCGUUUCACUAGCCAUCAGCGACCUGUUUGUGGCCUGUCUGGUGAUGGUCUUUGCUGUCGCCAACGAUUUGCAAGGAUCGUGGAUUUUUGGCGAUCAAUUCUGCGACAUCUGGGUCGCCUUUGAUGUCAUGUGUUGCACUGCCUCUAUCCUCAAUUUAUGCGCCAUAUCCAUGGACAGGUACAUCCACAUCAAGGAUCCACUGCGUUACGGUCGCUGGAUGACUAAACGAGUCAUUUACAGUUCAAUAGCAGCUAUUUGGCUGUUAGCAGCCCUGAUUUCAUUCCUGCCUAUUUCGAUGGAUCUUCACAGACCCGUGCAUGAAAUGACAUUACAACUGGACGAUCAGCCAUUAGAAUCAACGUUUGAUGAAGACCUGGGCAUCUUGUCAAGCGACAUGAUGGCCAACACGCCAGUGGACGCUUACACGGUAACGAAGAUGGGCAAUGAAAAUGAAGAAUCAGCUGAUAACGAAGGAUUAAACAGUCAAUCGGUACUGACGAUAGCGCCAUCAUCGCAUCAAUGCGCACUGGAUUUAACGCCGACGUACGCCGUUGUAUCGUCUUGCAUCAGUUUCUAUUUACCGUGUUUGGUUAUGUUGGCCAUUUAUUCGCGGCUUUAUUUCUACGCUAAAAUGCACGUGCAAAAUAUCAAAGCUGUCACACGACCCGUCAUUCUUCUCGGACGUUUCGAACCGGAUGCCAACGAUUCCGGUGCCUCGGAUCCAUCGCUUCCACAAGAGGAAAAAUUGAAGAAGAAGAAGAAGAAGAGGAGACAUUAUCAAUCUCCUACUCCACCAGGGACGAGCGCAUCUUCAACGACUGGACAAAAUAGUUAUCACGUCUCUGAUCACAAGGCGGCCGUCACGCUGGGCAUCAUCAUGGGCGUGUUUCUCAUUUGCUGGGUGCCGUUUUUCUGCGUCAACAUCGUGGCCGCCUUUUGCAAGACUUGCAUCCCGCCCAUUGUAUUCAAAAUACUCACCUGGCUCGGAUACUCUAAUAGCGCUUUCAAUCCCAUCAUCUACUCGAUCUUCAAUCUAGAUUUCCGACUGGCUUUUCAAAAGAUCCUGACGGCAAAGACGCGCUCCUAUUGCUGUCACCGGUUGCCCGAUAUCUACGAGUCACGCUCCAGAGGUAAUUCGGGACAGAACGGCGGCGCGGCCAUGCAGGGCUCAUCGAAUCAAAUGCAUCCGCAGCUCAGCAUGGAUCACUUGAGGUCGAAUCAGGAACAGCUGUUGAGUAACGGCCAUCAUCAAAUGCAACAGCAGGUCUCUCAGCAGACGGCCGUUACGGAUAAUGAAGAAGGGCAUCACCUUGGGCGGCCAUGUUGUGAACAGGAUGAUGUUAAUGCGCCUUGCACCAGCGUGCUGGUAGUGUCCACGUCUUCAGGGCACAUCACCAGUUCCAAUAACCUGAUGAAACCUCAUCACCACAUUCGAAGGACUUCCAAUAGUACGACUCAUCGGAAAGAUUCCGGCCAGCAUUUGCUCGUCGCCGAGAAAGUCGUUUGAUUUAUUACAACAUAAAAUGCUCCUUUUUUUUUCAUUAUUCGUUAUCCAUUUGUGAAUAAUUUCGCACAAGACUCAUAUGAUACCUAACGGCUUAUGAUGUGUUAUUUAGUGCAUACCAUUCGGGAUUGUCCGACCGAGUCGAAUCCUAGUCUUUUACACACAACAACCUGUACAUGUAAUAAGAAGAUUUUGUAUAAUUCCAAAUUACCAGAAAAUUUAAAUGAUACAGUAUAAAUAAACAUAUAUUUAAAUAAAUCUAUUUUAUGCCUAAUGUGUAUAUGCGAGUAAAUAAAAAUCCCGUUGUUCUGGCGCCGUCGUCAUCACUGACGAUCCAAUAUCGUGUCGAAUUAUCAAUCGUCUGUUUUGUUUAUUUUUUUCAUCUUUUUGUUUGUACGAAUACACGUGAAGUGACCCCUUUAAAAA